UGCAGAGCCUUGGAAAUCCGGCUUUUAUUCGAAAACUAUUCCACGUAUUGUUUUGCGGUUUGGCUACGAAAAGCAUUUAAGGAACAGCUUACAGGCCUAUAAUAGUGAGACGUUCUAUUUUCCCUUACUAAUAGGUAAGUUUUGACUGUGAAAAUGGCUAAAACGGCACUUUUUGCGGCGAGAUUUAGGUAAGAAGAUUCAUUUUCCCGGGCUUCGGAAAAUUAUAGACCCGUAGAAUGCACCUUUGUCUUGCGUCGCGUGAUAAAAAAAUAUAGUUUCGUAGAUGAAAAUCGAUGGUUCUACGAUGCAGUUCUAAAGCACUGCAUGCCAGUAAGACACUCCAGUGAAGUGGCGCCACCACGCGCUCCGCUCGGCCGCUAUCAGUCCGGGAGGGGAAGUAGCCUUGAGCGGCGGGAAGGUGGGUAUGCGGGGGGAAAAGAUCCGGCUGGUAGGGGGAGUGCCCAGCUGCUGCGUGUCGCUAACCUGAGUCUAGGGCAGUAGCUGUCUUUGACAGACGCACAGUGCGAGGUGCGAGAUAAUAGUUCGUACAUCCAUCAUCCUGCGUGCGUGCUCUGAUACUUGUGAAUGUGUGUGGGUGAAUUGACUCGCGUCAAGUGCCAGUAGAACGUUUAGCCUUUAUACCCAUUUAGAAAGGUUUGAUUUACAAAGGUAUGGAAUCUGCGAGAAAGCAAGUUUUGAAUGAAGACAAAAGAAGAGGUAAAAAACGUCACUUGCGUCUGAAUGCAGUUCGAAAGAAAAGGAAAUGGAACAAAGGGAAAGUUUUACGUUUAGUUGACGGCAGGUAAGUGUGUUGUACAUUUAUUAAGAAACAUGUAAGCCUUCACUUUCAGUUGAAAAGGUUAUAUAGCAUAAUUUUUUAUAUUCCUUUACUAUCCAUUUAAGCUGUAUUAAAUUUAAAUGUUCUUUCUUUCACAGGCUGCGUUACGUGAAAAACCAUGAAACAAGGUUUUCCAACUAUACUUCACAUGAGUCUUUCAGUACAUCCAAACACGCGGGGAAUAUAGAAAAUGCUGUUGAAAGGAAAACCCAGACAGACAGUGAGACUUGCUACAUAACGUUGUCUCCAGCAAGGUUUGAAUAAUAGUUUUUUUCAACAAUUACUUAAGAAUAAUUAAAGGGCAAAAUGCCGAAAGAAGGUGUCUCUCUUACUUUUCUAGCACGGAUAAAACGUCUAUAACGCAUGAAUACCUGUAUAUGAAUAUUACGUAGGCCUAUACACAUACAUAAAAUAGUCCACUACAUUACUGCAUAGUUUUAUAGCAUGCUUUCCCGUAUGAGAUUCAUGAAACGUUUCCUUAAAUGUUUCCAAAUACUUCUGCACUGAAUGAAAAUUAAUAAAAAAGUAAUAUGCCUGUUCUUGACACAUUUCUCUUAAAUGUCGUGUGUGUAUGUAUUUAUAAUAGCUUACAUAAAUACGUUCCAUCAUUUUAUGACUGAGAACUGAAAAUUAAUUGACUCUACAUCGGAAUCAGUGAAUAUUCGUUAUUACUUACGAUUUUUCACAGAUUCAAUUUGAUGAAACAUCUCAAUCAGUAAACUGUAGAAAACUACAUAUUAACUUUGUUAAACCAAUAAUUGAAAUAGUGAAACAUAUUAAUUCGCAAAUUUAAUUUGUAAGAUUUCGCGCUCAAUUUAUGAGGCGGUAUUUUUUCAUAAUAUAAUAUUAGUGUUUUCAGUCCACAUACUUUUAAAUUCAACCUAAAUAUUAUGUCUAACUCAACUACUAUCAUAAGAAAUGGUAGCGUAGUGGUCAGGUCAUCGGCUUUCGGCUGCAGACAACACGGAUCAAAACAUUCUUCUGAUAAACUCGUUAGCAAAUUGUAAAGUAGGUAACAGUAUUCUACAAACAUAGGAAUAUGGAAGAAAUAAAAGAAUAUAAUCUUUCAUUUUUUAUUUAAAUUACUUAUGAUUAAAAUUUAGAUCUUUAUUAACACUUAUAAAUAGUACUUCAGUUGCGUAGUUACAUUUUAUGUUAAAAGAAAGUUGAAGGGUUAUACCUAGUAACAAUUGUAUAUAACUUAUGUGAGCGUUUUCAAAAUAUUAUUUGUUUAUAGCUUUUUACUGUUACCAUCGCUGAGCGGUUGGAAGUGUUGUUGUUUGCUGUAUUCAAAUACUGUUUAACAUAUCUUCCAUUACGCCUACAGUUAAUAAAUUAUUUUGUUUUAACGGUUAUAUAAUUAAAAUAUUCUGAGACGUGGUAUUUUUGUUUUACACAGCAAUGUUGUAAUUUCACAAUUGGAACAUUGAGCCAAACUUUGCGACAUAAUUAAUGAAAUAUAUUAUUAAUUUUAGCCUACUAAUUAUGUCAACAAUAAUAGUUGUUUACAAUUUUAAUAGCGUAUUUGAUUAUUAUUUCAAGGAAAAUCAUAUCUUUAAUUUUGUUUUGUUUUAGGUGUUCCACCUCUCCCGGCGAUACUGCUUCACAUGAUCAAGUAGACAUCGAUGGAGCAGGUUGUUCGUUUUGGACAAACGAAAUAUUGGCGACACCGCAGAAAGUCACAACUACUGAUUAUCCUACAGAAGAAUAUGAUGUUACUGGAAUAUUUUCAGACACGGAACAAGAGUCAAAAUCGGUCACAAGUGACUACGCUCAGCUUCUUGAAGGCGUGGAGAAACUUUCGUCACCAGCAUCUUCACCCGAACAAACCUCUCCUAAAAAAACUUUCAGCUCUGAAUCAUCAACCUUUCCGAUACAAGGCCGUCGACUGUUUGAUGUUGACUUUCUAUUCAAAGAAAUGUCGCGCAUCAGCCAACAUAACAAAAUGUUUCAGUGUUCGUUUGAAAAUAUGCGAUUAAUAAAAGAACAUAAAAAUGGAAUGAUAAGUAAAUUUGAUUUCAAGUGUAAUAUGUGUGGUACUGUUGAAUCUAUUUUCUCGGAGGACCCCCAAACAAAUAAAGUCAACUGUAACAUGGCAUGGGUGAACAGUAUGUUGUUAACGGGCCAAAGUUUUACACAGUUACAAGACAUAACUUCAACUUUGGAAAUGCCUUGCAUGGCCAAGGAGACUUUCAACAAAUGUCAAAAAUCCCUAUCUUCUGUUAUACACGAUGUCGCAUGUCAAAGUAUGGAAGCCGCUGGCAAAGAAGAAGCAAGAUUGGCAGUAGAAAAUGGCAGUGUGGAUGUCGACGGAGUUCCUCUCAUAGCAGUUGUCACUGAUGGAGCUUGGUGUAAACGAUCGUAUGGAAACAAAUAUGAUGCUCUUUCUGGGGUGGUAAGUUUGUGUAUUACGUAAUCUUAUUGCGUGUUGAAUAAUAAUUUGUAGGCAAUCUGUGUUAUAUCAGUAAUUAUGUAUUAUUAGUAACUAAAAUAAGUUCAUGACAGUGUGAACAACACGUAAUAGUUAUUUUGUUAAUAUUUCCUUCUUUUGUAGAUAAAUGCGACAAUUUAAAUUCUUUAUAAGUGCAAACAUUGUAUAGUUAUUUUGUGAUAGACCUGUUUGCUAGUAUGAAAGUCUUUUAGGCCUACCGGCAUAGAGCCAUAUACUUAGAGCCUAUUGACAUAAUGCCAGACAUUCGAAAUAAUGUAAUUAUCCUGAUUAUACAAUGUUCGUUACCUUACAUUAAGUUUUACAGCGAACAGAUUAAAUAUGCUUGUUUUUUUUUCUUAUAGGCUUGCAUAGUAGGAAAAGAAACAAAAAAAGUUAUCUUCGCAAGCACUAGGAAUCGAUACUGCUGCAUAUGUUCACGAGCAAACAGUAAAAAUGAGACGCCAAAGGACCACGUCUGUUUCAAAAAUUGGAACAAGUCUUCAAAUGCCAUGGAAUCUGACAUCAUAGUGGAAGGUUUCAAAUGCAGUGUUUCCAUGCAUAACCUGAAAUAUCAUCAGCUGAUUGGAGAUGGCGAUAGCAGCAUUAUGACCCAGUUGGUGAAGGCUCAGCCAUAUGGUCCAAAUUUUACAAUCACCAAAAUUGAAUGUACUAACCACAUACUGCGAAAUUACCUUCGAAGGAUACGUUGUAUUGCUCAAAAGACGAAAAACGAAAUUGGUUCCGUUUCUCCUGUUCUACGAAAGGCUGUAUCUGACAAACAACUCCGCCUUCGAGCUGCAGUCACCGGAGCUGUGCAGCAUAGGCGUGCUCAAAAAGAGUUUCCAAUUCACAGAAAAAUUGAGGAGUUAAAACUUGACAUUUACAAUGGUCCAUUUCACGUAUUUGGUGACCACUCAGGAUGCGCAAUUAGAGGUUAUUUCUGUAGCGGAUUGAAAGAAAACGAGGAAAACCUUGUACCGCCUCUUCAAGAGGCAGGUAUAUGGUCAGAAAUAAUAGCAGCUCGAAACAUUGUUGCACAUCAUGCUGUAAGCCUUUUACAUAAUGUCAAUACUAAUACAGCAGAGUCUUUCAAUAAUGUGGUUUGCAAGCAUGUUUCAAGUAAACGAGUAAACUUUUGUUUGAGUGGUGGCUACCAAACAAGAAGCGAGCUCUCUGUAAUUUCUUUUAAUUCAGGUCCUCAAACACAGUCCUUUAUCCAUAAAGGUUUAACAAACAGUAGUCCUGGAAACAUCACUAAAGCUCACAUACAGCGCAAGGAACGUUCAUCAGAGAAAAGAAAGCUCAGGAGGCUGACAAACCCACAAACAUUUAAGCGCAGAAAGUUGUAUGUGACAGGUCCUGACAAGGAUUAUGGCUGUGUAGAACAACGCAUACCUGACAUGGAACCAGACGAAUAUGCAAGACAGACACAGGAAUUUCUCGCUAGUCUUUGUAAAACGGAUGAAGAACGAGAAAAUCUACAAAUCGCUACCAAAGGGCAAAAUGAUUCUGUUCUCUGGAAAUCAGAAAGAAUCAAGCGACUGACAGCAUCAAAUUUCGGUAGAAUCUGUAACAUGAAGAAAUCCACUAAGCGAGCAAAAUCCGUUGUCAAUAUAUUGUACAGUAGGUUUUCAGGGACGGAGGCCACAAGGUAUGGAUUGGAAAAUGAGCAUAGCGCCAUUCAGGAUUUUGAAGUGAACUUUGGUAAGAAGGUGGCUCGCUGUGGCUUAUUCGUCGAUAAGGAACACCCAUGGCUGGCAGCAACACCUGACGGUCUUGUUGGAGAUGAUGGUAUCCUUGAAGUAAAAUGUCCUGCCGUAGCUGCCAGAAUGUCUCCACAAGAAGCAGUGGAACAGAAAAAAGUAACAUUUUGUAACAUUGUGGAUGGUAAAAUGUUUCUGAAGAAAGGACAUGCUUACAUGUACCAAGUGCAGGGACAACUGCAUAUUACCAAUCGUAAGUACUGUUAUUUCGUCCUUUGGACACCACGUGGCUUACUAGUGCAACAAAUUGAAAGAGAGAACAGUUUCUGGAAAGAAAAAAUGAUCAACAAACUGACACAGUUUUACAUGACGUGCCUUCUACCGGAAAUAAUAGAUCCACGUUAUCCUAGGAAUAUGGAAAUCAGGGAACCUGAUAAUACACUGUAAACAAUUGAUGGACAAUAGCCUUACAUGUAAGCCAAAAUUACCACAAACAGUACAGGUAAAUUCCCAUUUUUAAAGAAGGAUAUUAACAACAAAAAUGAUUUCAUAAAGAUUACAGUUAGGCCUAUAGAUUUUUGUUUUCUAGUCCAAUAAACAAUUGAAACAUAGAAAAUUGGCGUACUAGUUUGACGAAAGAUGUUUGAAAUGAUACAGUUAUACAGACAAGUGCCCAGUUGCCAGUUUCCGUGCCAACAGAAAAAAAAACCUUAUGUUUGUGUAUGCUGUGAAAUACUUAAAUCAAUAUAAUGUAACAGUGUAAUUGGCAUGCAGUGUCUUAUAACUUUGCACUUAGAUUAUAUUAUUAUGGGCCGUAUCUCAUUGUGAAUCGUUUUAAAAGAUAUACGUAAAAUGUUUGUUUCACUCUACAUGUUAUAUUGUGCGCUGAUAGUUUACUACUAGUAUCGAGCAGCUGUUUAUUUUUAUUUUUGGUUUUGAUGUAUUAACAUUAGUUUCAUUAUUUGUAUUUGCACCGUAUUAUUUAUCAAGAGUGUUCGAAACGAAAUAAUUUGUUAUACUGAAUCUGAAAUAGUUGUAUGAAUAUAUUUAUUUUUGUAUGUUUAAAUAUGUAAGGUGGAAUAUUUUUUUGUGUAAACAAUUAGUAUGUAUGUUCAGAGCUAUUGUAUUGUAGCUAUUGUCUCAACAGUUUCAAAACAUUAAGCCAGUUUUUUACCAUUUACUUAAGCUGAUUCAUGGUGACAACUGUCUUAUUUUGUGGUACAAAUUACAUAGAUGUAUAACCUGUAGUAAGAAUGAACAUAACAAUUCUCAUAGAUAUAAAAUGUAAAUAAA